AUGAUCUAUAUCGCGACAGCGUUGCUCACUACAGCGGCCUUCCUCAGGACCACGCUUGCUCUUGAUGCAUGUCCCAAUGGCGAGAGGAUUUAUACUGGUGCGAGUGGCAUGAGCUACAAACUAUGCCCCAACUCUGAUUUCGUGGGACAAACUGUUCAAAUGCGAGGCAAUGUUAAUUCGCUCGAAGAAUGCGCUGCAAUGUGCGAUCAGAAUAAGAAUUGUUAUAGGGCGGUUUAUGACCACGACUAUCGUUAUUGCCAUAUCAAAGCUCAGGGUGAUAUGCGUUGGGAGCCGAGUCAGCAAUUUGACGUUAUUCAACAAAACUUCAAGGAAAUCGCUCGCUGCCCAGGCCAAGAGACGUCCUACUCUAGUAAUGGUAAAAAUUACAAGAUCUGUCUCUCUUCAGACCUCCGGGGUGGUACUCUUCAAAUUCAACGGAAUGUCAACUCAUUGAACGACUGUGCUGACCGUUGCGCUCGGGAUGGCGCAUGUGUAGCCUGCCAUUUCAAGGGUAGCCAGGAAACAAAUACGAUUGUAUGGACAUUAAACAAGCAAUUCGACACCAUCCGACUAGAUCUCAAGUUUCCUCGAGCUACCAAGGGCGAAUGGUCUGACCUAGUGUGGUUCCCGCUGAUUCCUGUUGCCGGCUAUGUCGUUCCUGAAUUCCCUGCUUCAUCACGAUUGCUCGUGUUCAGCGCAUACAAGCCUUUUGAGUUUUCUGGCCCCAUGAAGCAGACUGUAUUUGGAGAUUACAAUUUCAAUACUGGCCAGACGUCCCUUAGAACUGUUGCGAACACCCAACACGAUAUGUUCUGUCCUGGAAUCAGUAGUCUCCAGGAUGGCCGAAUCCUGAUUCAAGGAGGUGCAGACGCAGCUGUAACGAGCUUUUACAAUCCGUCGACUAAUGAGUUCACCCGUGGUCCUGACCUCAAGAUGGCUAGAGGCUACCAAUCAUCUGUUACAACCUCUGACAACAAGAUCUUUACUAUAGGAGGAGCAUUCACUGGUCCCCUCCAGGGAAAGGAUGGCGAGAUCUACGAUCCGAAGAGCAACAAUUGGACGCCGCUUCCUGGUGCUAAAGUUGGACCUAUGCUGACUCAGGACAAUGCUGGUAUCUGGAGAGAGGACAACCACGCUUGGCUAUUCGCAUGGCGGAAUGGCUCAGUCUUUCAAGCUGGUCCUAGCAUGGCGCAGAACUGGUACGGUACCGCAGGUCAAGGUUCACAAGUUGGUGCAGGCAUCCGUGAUGAUAACCAUGCAAUGUGUGGCAUCUUUGUCAUGUAUGAGCCUGGUAAGAUCUUCAGUGCCGCUGGCUCAACUUCUUACUCCGACGCCCCGUCUCUUACUCGUGCACAUAUCACUACCAUCGACAAGCCAUACCAGCCCGCCAAGGUCGAGCGCAUGCCAGACAUGGCCUUUCCUCGUGCUUACUCCAAUGCUGUCGUGCUUCCAGAUGGUACAGUCUUCAUCACGGGUGGCCAGCGGUGGGCUAGGGUAUUCCAAGACACCGACGCCGUAGUUUAUCCCGAGUUGUUCAACCCUUACACCAAACAGUGGCGGACUCUUGCCCCAGAAGCUAUUCCCCGGAAUUAUCACUCGAUCAGCAUUUUGCUCGCUGACGGCCGUGUCUUCAGCGGAGGCGGAGGUCUCUGCUGGACUGGCGGAAAUUGCGAUCCAAAUGCCAACCAUCCCAAUGGGCAGAUAUUCUCGCCACCGUAUCUUUUCAAUUCUGACGGUUCGAUCGCCGCCCGCCCUGUCAUCUCCAGUGUGAGUGCCCGGUCUAUCAAGAUCGGCGGCUCGUUCACGAUCGACAUGUCAGCAUCAGCAUCGAAUCUCAAAUUCGCGCUUGUGCGCAUGGGUAGCGUGACUCAUUCGGUCAACACUGACCAAAGACGUAUUCCUCUGACGAAUGUUUCUGCAAGCGGCGCUCGCUACACAGUACGCCUGCCAAACGACAGUGGUGUACUUAUCCCCGGAAUGUAUUACUUGUUUGUCUCGUCCACAAAUGGUACACCGAGUUUGGCGAGGACGAUACAGAUAGUAUUGUAA